AAUUUUAAAUACAACCGCAUGUUAUUCUCCAUUCCAUGUCCAUGGGGGCUUCGUGUUUUCAACCUUGUCUUCAAAACCAUUCACAAACCCAACCUAAGACCCUUUUCACAGCCAUUUGCAUCCACUGCACUCGCUCACUCCACCCCACUCUCUUUCUCCGACACCACCCCUUCCACGCCCCUUUCACACCCAACCACCCUCCAAGUCCUUCAAACCCUCCAAUGUCUCCACCACCACCCCUCUCUCGCCCUCUCCUUCCUCAACCACCUCCACCGCACCGGCUUCCCGCACACCCUCUCAACCUACGCCGCCAUCACCAAAAUGUUCGCUUUCUGGAACCUUCCCAGAAAACUAGACUCCCUCUUUCUCCACCUCAUUACCCUCUCAAAACACCACCAUCUUCCCUUUCACCUCCUUCAACUCUUCGAAAUACUCUUCCAGGACUUCGACCACCAUAACCAUUACUUGCUCAGAGCUUUUGGUGGCUUUGUCAAAACCUGUGUCAGCCUCAACAUGUUUGAUGAGGCUAUUGAUUUCUUGUUCCAAACUCGGCGCCGCGGAAUUGUCCCUGAUGUUCUCACUUGCAACUUCCUCUUCAACAGGUUGGUGGAACAGGGCGAGGUCGAUAAAGCACUGGCCAUUUUUGAGCAACUCAAGAGGUUUGGUUUCAGACCCAAUUGUUAUUCCUAUGCAAUUUUCAUCAAGGCGUUGUGUAAAAAGGGUGACUUGAGUCAACCUCUCCGUGUUUUUGAGGAAAUGGAGAGAGUCGGGAUCACCCCACAUUCGUAUUGCUAUGCUGCUUACAUUGAAGGGUGUUGUAAUAACCAUAGGUCUGCUCUUGGGUAUAAGGUGCUGCAGAGAUUUAGAAAGAGUAACCUCCCUUUGGAGGUUUAUGCAUACACUGCGGUUAUUCGCGGGUUUUGUAAUGAGAUGAAGUUGGAUGAGGCUCAGAGUGUGUUUGAUGACAUGGAGAGGCAAGGGUUGGUUCCUGAUGUGUUUGCUUAUUCCGCGUUGAUUCAAGGGUAUUGUAAGGGUAAUAAUCCGAGCAAGGCUUUGGUUUUGCAUGAUAAGAUGAUUUCGAGGAGUGUGAAGACAAAUUGUUUUAUUGUUAGUUACAUUCUGAAUUGUUUGGAAAAGACGGGCAAGACUUUGGAGGUGGUGGUAGAUCAGUUUAAGAAACUAAAGGAGUCCGGGAUGUUUCUUGAUGGAGUUGUCUACAACAUUGUUUUUGAUGCUUUGUUUAAGUUGGGGAAGGUGGAGGAUGCGAUAUCUCUAUCGGAAGACAUGAAGAGAAGGGGUGUGGCUUUAGAUCUUAAGCACUACACAACGUUUAUCAAGGGAUACUGCCUUCAGGGUGAUCUCGUUAGUGGGUUUAGGGUGUUUAAGGAAAUGAUUGAUGAAGGUUUCAAACCUGAUAUUAUAACAUAUAAUGUACUUGUGACUGGGUUGGUUAGAAACGGCCAUGCUUAUGAGGCAUUAAAGUUUUUGCAGAGUGAAGGCGUGAAGCCAAACUCUACUACACAUAAGUUAAUCAUUGAAAAUUUGUGUUCAGUGGGAAAGGUUUUGGAAGCCGAGGCGUAUUUUAACAGUCUACAAGAUAAGAGUUUUGGAAUCUAUUCUGCUAUGUUUAAUGGCUAUUGUGAAACGGACUUUGUAAAGAAAUCCUAUAAAAUUUUCCUUGAGCUGUCAAACCAAGGAGAUAUGCCUAACAAUGCCUCCUGUUUUAAGCUAAUGGCUAAACUCUUUAUGAAAGGUGACACUAAGAAAGCUCUUAUGUUGAUGAGGAGAAUGUUGUCAAAUGCUAAACCUAACAUAAUAAUGUAUUCACAAGUUAUAGCUUUACUGUGCAACACUGGGGAUAUGAAUAAGGCUUGCUCUUUAUUUUAUUUUUUUUUAAAUGAAGGACUCAUCCCUGAUGUUAUAAUUUACACAAUUAUGAUACAGAGUUAUUGUAGGAUGAACUAUUUGGAAGAGGCCCAUGACCUCUUGCAGGAUAUGAAGAGGAGAGGAAUCAAACCUGAUCUCAUUACCUACACAGUUUUACUUGAUGGAAACUUUAAAGCAAAUUUAAAAAGUCCUGUCUCUCAUCAUGGAGAAGGAAAUAAGACAUCAUUGAAAGUUUUUUCCAUCAUGAGAGAUAUAGAUCAAAUGGAAAUAAAUCCGGAUGUUGUUUUUUACACUGUGUUGAUUGCUAGAUUCAUGAACACAAAGGACUUUAAAAAAGCAUUAAGCGUAUUUGGUGAAAUGGUUGACAGGGGACUAGAACCAGAUAAUAUAACAUACGCUGCUCUGGGCUUACAUAGUACAUCUCACAGGGAAAAAGCCAUUAUCCUGCUUAAUGAAAUGGGAAUGACAGCAGCAGUGUGUCAUCUCAGCUCUAAAACGUGGUAGAAGGGUGCAUUUUCAUUAGAAGUUUGUCAGUUAGACGGUUUGCACUUAUUUAUUCUGAUUUCUACAGUUUAUCCAGUCAAAACCUAAAGGUUGAAAAGAGAAGGACUGUGCUGAAAUUAGCUAUUGGUUACCAGGUCAUUGCAGAUAUGUUUGGAUAUGCUUUAUACAAAAUUAAAAUGAUACUAAUUACGAAAGUAUAAGGAGUGUAGUUAAGCAGUGUUUAAGAGAGUUUUUCUUGUUUCUACUUGUUUAGCUUAAUAUAACAUGCAUAUUGUGUUUUAAAUGGAUUAAAUUUGAGUUUGUUGCAAUUUAUAUUUGAAUUGAGGUCUUUCUUCUAUAUCUAAUGAGGU